AUGCACUUAUCUUUCAUUCUGACCCUCAUCCCCGCGGUCCUAGCAUCCGCCUUCCCGAUGAAAACCAACAGUAUUGCCGCAUACCCGGACACAACCGUUAUCGCGAAGCGCAAUUGCUUCGACGGUGGCGCUCGCUGGGGUGCAGGUAGGCCUUAUGCCAUCAACUUUGCUACGCGGGCAUGCAACGAAGCCUUAGUCGGUACUUAUAGACCCAACGACAUCAGGGCUAAGUGCUACAAUCUCGAUAGCACCAAGAAGGUUGAUUUUUCACUGCGGCUGAUCAGCAAUAAUGGAAACCGCAAUAUCGGCGCUGCGGAGUGCUAUGACGGAUUGAGAAAGGAGAUUGAGGGAUGUGACCGUGGAGGGCGUACUAGAUAUGGAAACUGGGAAUAUACCGGGGAUCCAAACGACGGGCAGUGCUAA